AUGGCGCUCCCCAGCCUUCUACGGGCGACUCUGCCCCUGCGCCCAUCCAUUGCCUCCUUCAUGAGUCCAGCACGGUCUCAACUCCUCCCUCGCUCUUCUAUCCUCACACCAACCAUCCGGUCCGCCUCGACAAUCACCAGCGACCCAACUCCUUCACAAGAAACCACUCCUCCAACACAACCAACCACCUCUUCCACACAAUCAUCCUCGCCCAUCACCCCGGCAGACCUAACACCACCCUCCCGGCUGCGCACCUACGCCUCCGUCCGCCGCACCGGCACUGUCACCUCGGUCGGCCGGAUGGACCGCACCGUCCGCGUCUCCUUCCGCCACCGAGCCUGGGACCGACACAUCCGCAAACAUUACCCCAAGGAGACGCAUUUCCUCGUCUCGGACCCGAACAACUCCCUCCGCGAAGGCGAUGUGAUUGAAUUCUCCUCUGGCGCGCCCAAGUCGCGGCGCGUGCACCACGUCGUCGAGCGCAUUGUUGCGCCCUUCGGUACACCGAUUGAGGAGCGGCGUCCUGUCCUGUCGCGCGAAGAAAGGGACCAGGAGAGGGAGCGCAAGUGGGCGGCCAAGUAUCUGCGCAGGGAGGAGCGGAGGCUUGGGGGUCCCGUUGAUCUGGCGGGUAUUGCUGGUUUGGAAGGUCAGGUCCAAGCCGAGGGGUUGAGCGAUGCGGAGCUGAUUCAUCGCAUUCACGGUGCAAAUGAGCGCAUUGGACGGGUUAAGCGGCUGGUCCUGGAGAGGACUGCUGCUGCCGAGGCGGCGAGGGUGGAGGCUGGAGCGAAGGCUCGGGCUGAAGCUGUUGCUAAGGAGGAGCCUAAGGAGGAGCCUAAGGAGGAGCAGCUGAAGUAUGAAUGA